UUAUGGUAGCUCUCAGGGGCAAGGGGCCAGCGCGUCUUGCCAACUCAAAGUGCCACGACUUCACAGCAGACCAGGGAUCCAGCGGAGUGACGGGAGAACAGUGGAGAAAAACGCAAGUUAGCUUGAUAGCAGGGGGGUAAGAAGCAGCUUCGCACCAAAGUCACUUCACCUCCAACCGCAAGCUUUUGUGUUCUCGAUCCGUCUCCCGAAGUAAGCAGACUUAGCUUCAUCCGCAGCGGAGUUUAAAGAAACCAAAUGAUGGACAUCUAUGACCCCCAGACCCUUGGAAUUGUGGUGUUUGGUGGAUUCAUGGUGAUCUCUGCGGUUGGGAUUGCCCUCGUUUCCACUUUCUCCAUGAAGGAAACCUCUUACGAGGAGGCGCUGGCCAAACAGCGCAGAGAGCUGGGUAAGACGCAGACGGUUCGCACCGAGAAAAAGAAGAAAGACAAAGCAUCUGAGAAGAAGACCCGUGGAAAGAAGAAAGAAGACAAACCUAACGGAAAGAUCCCAGAGCAGGAGAAGACCGAGGAGGCCGCCGAAGCCGACUCUGAAACGGAUGCACCCGGCGAGCCUGCCGCUGCUGCACCGCCGGCUGAAUCUGCCCCCCUUCCGGUUGUCCAACCUGCCCCUGCUGUGGAGGUGAAGACAGAGGUGCAAACCAAAGCUGCAGCUGAGCCCACUGCUGUUGCUGAGCCGUCACCUGUGCCUUCACCUAAAGAGAAAAAGAAGAAGAAGGUGGCAAAGGUUGAGCCAGCUUCAACUCAGCCCACCCCAGCUGUGUCUCUGCCUGCACCUGUUAAGACUUCGAGUGCACCUGUUAAGCCUUCAGCCACUCCCGCACCUGGCAAGCCUUCGAGUGCACCUGCACCUGUGAAGCCCUCAGCGGCUCCUGCACCUGUGAAGCCCUCAGCGGCUCCUGCACCUGUGAAGCCCUCAGCGGCUCCUGCACCUGUGAAGCCCUCAGCGGCUCCUGCUACAAACCAGGCUCCAUCUUCGGCCCCGGCCAAAGCUCCUGCCCCCAAGUCUGCGCAGGCACCAACGAAAUCUGCCCCUCCGCCUGCCACGUCAGCUCCAGCUCCGACCCCCGCCCCAGCGAAAUCUGCCCCUGCUCCAGCCAAGUCGACUCCCGCCCCAACCAAACCCACUCCUGCACCCACUAAGGCUGCUGCAGCCCCAGCCAAGUCUGCAGCACCCUCGUCUAAAACUGCCCCGGUGUUGGAGGCGGUCGUCAAAGAAGUCCCGGUCAUGGCGGUUCCCCCCGUAGGAUCUUCACAGGGUCCCGCCGCCGCCAAAACCCAGGAGCCCAAGAAGAAGGCUUCCAAGAAGAAGUCUGAGCCAGCUCCUGCGGCGGCGGUGGACUCUGCUGAUGCUCCUCUGUAUCUGCCCUACAAGGCACUUGUUUCCACCAUCAGCAGCAUGAUGUUCACUGAGGGGGAAGCACACAGGCUCAUUGAGAUCCUGUCAGAGAAAGUGGGCGUCAUCCAGGACACCUGGCACCGGGCCAGUCAGAAAGGAGAUCCGGUGGCCAUGUUGAAGAAACAGCUGGAGGAGAAAGACAAACAGCUGGCAGUAGAGCAGGAGGACGCUUCUGCUGUUAAGAACCGUCUAAGAGAACUCACCAAGGAGCUUUCUGCUGAAAAGUCCAAAGUGGCCAACGUGGAAACAAAACUCAGCUCUCAGCUGAGCAAGAGGGAGCAGGAGAUGAUCGCUCUGCAGGCCCGCAUGCAGGCCAGCUACCAGGACCACGUGGCCCAGACGCAGCGGCUCAACGCCAAGAUCCAGAGUCUACAGGAACAGCUGGACAAAGGGCCCAACGCCCAGCUGGCUCGUCUGCAGCAGGAGAACUCCAUCCUUCGCGACGCGCUCAACCAGGCCACCAGUCAAGCUGAGAGCAAACAAAAUGCAGAGCUGGCCAAGCUCCGCCAGGAAUGUGCAAAGUUGACCAAAGAGCUGGGAGAGAAGACUGAGAGUCAGCUCGCCGAAGAACACGCCAGGAAAGGGCUGGAGGCCAAAGUCUCCGCUGCCGAGAAGCAGCUGUCGCAGCUACAGGCCAGCCACAGCAACAGCGAGGAGGCGUUGCAGAAAAGGCUGGACGAGGUGUGCGAGGAGCUCAGAGCGACCCAGAGCAGAAACGUCAGCCUGCAGGCCUCCUUAGACAAAGCCCAACAGGAAGGCAGCGCGCUCCCAGAGUUACAGGCUCAGAUAGGUAGACUGGAGGCCGACGCCCAGAAGCGCCACGCUCAGGUGGAGGCCCUCAUCGCUCAGCUGAAGGAGACGCAGGAGGAGAACAGCCAGCUCGUGCAGAAGGUGACCUCCAUCAACUCCCUGCUGGAGGCCAGUCAGAACAAAGAGGAGGAAAGCCAAAAGCCAGAAGAUGCUGCAGAGCUGGAACGUCUAAAGCUCAGCCUCGCAGAAAGAGAGUCGCAGCUGAGCGCGCUCCAAGACGAGCUGAAGCAGCUGCAGACCAGACAGGAAGCUGCUGAGAAAAACGUCGCAGAGCUCGAGCAGAAAAAGAGUGAGGACUCCGGCCUCGUCUCGUCGCUUCAGGAGGAGCUUCAGCGCCUCAAAGAGGAGACGCUUCAGAACGCUUCGUCGCAUGCUUCAUCAGAACUCGCACUGUUACAGUCCAGCCUGAAUGAAAGAGAUGCCCUGGUUACGUCGCUGCAGGCGGAACUGAAGGAGGCGCGGGAAAAGCCGGCGGCAGACGCACAGGAGGCCUCGGCGCGACUGGUAGAGUUCCAGAACAGAACCAAGGAGACUCUCCGGUCCAUUUUCCCUCAGAUCUCAGUGGACACAGAGCAGCUCGACUGGUUCCAAGUAUUUACCCAGAAAGCUCAGGAGGUUCUCAGCCAGCAGAGCCAGCAGUCGACCUCAGACCUGUCUGAGAGAGUGAAGGAGGCAGAGGAGAGCCAGCGCUCCCUGCAGGCUGAAUGUGAGCAGUACAGGACGGUUCUGGCUGAAACGGAGGGGAUGCUGAAAGAUCUGCAGAAGAGUGUGGAGGAGGAGGAGCAGGUGUGGAAGUCCAAGAUGAGAAACUCGGAGGAGCAGUUGAAGGAGGCUCUGGAGAAGGUCAGCAGGCUGGAGGCAGAAAACCAAAGUAUACAGAAGCUGAACGAGCAGGUGAUGCUUCUGGAGGCUCAGCUGGAGAAGCAGUCGGACAUCCUGGUGACCCCGGAGGAGCUGGAGGAGCUGAAGCUGCAGCUGGCAGACAGUCGGAGCCGGCUGGAUCUGGCCCUGAAGGAGGCGCAGGCGCACAAGGAGGAGCUGGGACAGGUCAGGGAGCAGCUGAGCGAGAUCACAAAGCGGGCUCAGGCCGAGCAGAACGGCCCGGCUGAGGCUGAACCCAGUCAGGCACAGACGACCAUAGGGGAGCUGAAGGCCCAGCUGGACCUCCUAAAAGCCUCCGAGGAGUCUCCUCAGUCCGACACAGAAGACGUAGCUCAGCUGAAGGAGCGCCUGGAGAAGGAGAAAAAGAUGUCCAAAGACCUGGGCCAAGCAGCCACCAAACUCCAGCAACUUCUCAAAGCCACUCAGGAGCAGCUGACCAAAGAGAGGGAGACUGUGAGAACAUUACAGGAGCACCUGGAGGACAAGGGGGAGUACGUGGAACUGAAGGAAGGCACGUCCGUCUGAGAUGAAGAUCUUUGCAAACACUACAAAAAUCUGCCAAAAAAGCCUUAAAAAUUUCCCCCCAUAGUUAUGCAUUCCAAAACCCUUUUUUUGUGUUUCCUUGUGCUGUAGUCGAUGGCAAUUUGUAGGAAUUGAUCAUUUCAGAGUUAGAUUAGAGAGAAUCCUGCUGUAAUCUGAAACCUCACAUUCCAUCUUCAACUGUCAGGAAUUAUUUGCCUUAUAUUACAACCCCCCCACCCCACCCCAUAGCUCAGUGUUAAAAGGGAAACCGGAUGUAUGGACGUACAUCAACCUGUGCAAUUACUUUGUAUGUCUUUUCUAUGUGGCUGAAUGAUGGGAACAUUUGGUGGUCUCUGUACAGGACUCUGUAGCUGGCUGACAUUUGUAUGAAUGAAUAAACUACAGUGUAGCACUA